AUGGCAUUUUCCAGGCAAGAAUUCUGGAGUAAGUUGUCAUUUCCUUCUCCAGGGAAUCUUCCUGGCCCAGGGAUCAAACCCAUGUCUCCUGCAUUGGCAGGAAGGUUCUUCACCAUUGAAGCACCAGGGAAGCCUGAAUAUCUAUAUUCAGGGAGGAAUAACUUGAAAGAUUUGCUUCAGUCUGUAGCUAAUAUUAUGCUAGACAGUUCAGUAUCAGUGACAGCACACACACAAAGUCAGUUCAAUCAUUUUGUAUUACCUGGACCCAUUGAUAUGUUUGCUUAUUGCUGUCUCUGCUCUGCCCAGUCACUUCAAUUGUGUCUGACUCUUUCUGACCCCAUGGACUGUAGCCUGCCAAGCUCCUCUGUCUGUGGGAUUUUCCUGGAAGAAUACUGGAAUGGAUUGCCAUUUCUGUACUUUCUCCAAAUAAUUUGGUACCAACUGCUGUUUUUUGAGCUACACUAA